AGCCGAGAAGGGGGGGAGGGAGGGGUUGGUGUCAAUUUUUUUGUGUGGCCGCGGCUGGAGCCUGUGGCGGGCAGGCGGCGAGCGGGGAGACCCCGGCGCGGCAGAGCCAUGGAUGGCCCGACGCGGGGCCAUGGACUCCGCAAAAAGCGGCGGUCGCGGUCACAGCGAGACCGGGAGAGGCGCUCCCGGGGUGGGCUGGGGGCCGGAGCGGCUGGCGGCGCCGGCCGGACCCGGGCGCCCUCGCUCGCCUCGUCGUCGGGCUCCGACAAGGAAGACAAUGGGAAGCCCCCGUCCUCCGCCCCGUCCCGGCCCAGACCCCCGCGGAGGAAGCGGAGAGAGUCCACCUCGGCUGAAGAGGACAUCAUUGAUGGAUUUGCCAUGACCAGCUUUGUCACUUUUGAAGCGCUGGAGAAAGAUGUAGCACUUAAGCCUCAGGAACGUGUGGAGAAACGCCAGACCCCUCUGACCAAGAAGAAACGAGAAGCACUUACCAACGGCUUGUCCUUUCAUUCCAAGAAGAGCCGCCUCAGCCACCCACAUCACUACAGCUCAGAUCGAGAAAAUGACCGCAAUCUCUGCCAGCACCUUGGGAAGAGAAAGAAGAUGCCAAAGGGACUCAGACAGCUCAAGCCAGGACAGAACAGCUGCAGGGACAGUGACAGUGAAAGCGCCAGUGGAGAAUCCAAAGGAUUCCACAGGAGCAGCUCUCGGGAAAGACUCAGCGAUAGUUCAGCUCCUUCCAGUUUGGGAACAGGCUACUUCGUAAGUUUAUCUCAACUUCCACAUGUGUGCCUUGCCUUGGCAUUGAUUUACUUCCGUAAUGUAUGCUCAUUAGGAUGUGGAAAAAAAUCUAAGAAAUCCCCUCUCAGUCCUAAAGAGCAGACGGAUAUGCAUCCUUUUAUUAAGAAUUGUUUUAUUUUUAAAAUAAGUGAAUUGCUGGGCCCUAGGGGCCAUCGGUCAGUCUGAGCUGUCUGUCUGGUUCCCAGCGUGUGGCACGUUUGCCCCUUACCUGGCAGCAGAAGAGGAACAGGGAAAACUGACUGGCUCAUGCCACCUCUCCCACAUGAUUGUUUUAUAGCGAGAAGUAUCCUAUGGAGAAUGGAAUUUAUAUUAUGUUCUGAAGUUUUCAAUUUCAAAAUCUCUUGAAGAACUUAACCAUACAUACAAUGAAUCACCUUUAAAAAAAUUUUUUUUUAUGAGAGGUGGUGUUUUAAUGGAUGUAUUACCUCACAGUCUAAGUAGGUGACCUUUAAAUUUCCUUUCAGCAAUCAUUACACUUCUCAUUUUAGCAAAUGUAGCUGUAUUAUUUUAUUUCUAGACUUUACUCCGUCUUUCGGGAGGGUGGGGAUGGUGACAUAACUCAGGUAUUGUCACAAUAUUUCUCAUAAGUGGGCACUGCAUUUCAUUUAUCUAUAGCAAAAUUACCCUUUUUGGAUUCAACAAUCUUUUAUUAAAUGUAAAUAGAAAAGAAUUACAAAUAAGUAUUUACACAACUAGAUAGCCUGCCAGUGUAGAGGUUUGUUGUGGUGUUUAAAGGAAUCUGAUUUGUGAUCUGAAUGAUGAACACUGAUACUCUAAUGCCAGCUCAGCAUUUUCUGAGAAAAUAAUGGAAUCAUGAAAAUAAAAUAAAGUGGAAAAUAA